CCUCACCUCUCUCACCAACCUGCCCCUAACCUUAUCCCUUCACUGUCUCCCCACUGCUCCCUAUUCCAUGGUGGCCACAAGCCCACAACACACACACACACACACACACACACACACUAUCUCUCUCUACCUCCUCAGGCCGCCCAUCCUCUUCGUCCCCAUCACCGGAGCGAGGUCUCGCAGGCUCGCACUCCCCCCAAUCUUCCCGGCCCCUCCUCGUCGAGUCUGUCGCCGAAGUGCCCAAGGAUCCGCUCGAGCUCGGCAUGGUCGCUGGGCGCGGGACUCGUCUCCAUCAGAUUGGGGGCAGUGGCAAUCGUGCAUCGCAACCUCCGCGCCCGGUGCCUCCAUCUCCAUCUCGCUCGUCGGUGGCUCCCACCACCAUGUGCGUGCGACUGCGCCGCACCCUGCCCUGCCUAGGUCCGGCAGCAGUGCCGCGGUGGCUGGUCCCUGCAAGUGCAAGCCGGCGCCAUUAGACGAUCUAUUCCCCACUUCAGCUUUCAUAUCUGCUUGUAUCUGAUGCUUACAAGAAAUGGAUUUUGAAGACCAUCUAACUAUCUAAGAGUCAUGGAAUUCGUUCCAUCCUAAAUUUUUGGGACUCUGGAAUAAACACAAAGAUGGGAAUGGGGAUGCAUACCUGCCUGCCAUACACAUUGACAUGUUUUCAAUACUCAUCCCGAAGCUUUUCAGUGUUGUACAGAAGAAGUUAUUGACAGGUUUACUUCAUGAUAGUCUUGGCUUUUGUUUUGGCCAAAAUGAUCAGGCAGGUGCGUUGCCUGAGGAGUUCGUCGGCGCCUACGUCGUCGGCCGCGAAAGGGGGCGAUGGCCAAAACUGGCUGGGCGGCGACGGCGCAACAGUGGCUUGCGGCGCCGACGUCUCACUGCAGUGUCCGUCUGAACAGCGACAUCGAAGAAAGACACUGAGAUUAACUGGGAUGGAACCGGCCACAUAUUGCGCACAAGAGGAUACUCUGCACCUGCUUUCGCGAGAAGCUCUUCGGCGCGGUCGUCGUCCGCGCCACAUGGCUGCGAUGGCGCAGGACAGGCUCUGCGGCUGCGACGUACGUCCGGGUGGGCAAGGGUAGGAAGAUCCAUCUGAUUCCUGUAAGUUUAGCUACUUGUUGUUAGGCGGACGUGUUUAAUUGCCGUUAAUUGUGGCUAAUUUUCUUUAGUUUAGCCAUUUGUUGUUGGGACGCGAACAGAAUUUGUGGAACCGUUCCGAUCUUGCGCGAGCGUGGGUCCGGCAGAGUUUUCGUCCGCCAAGUUCUCUUGUUUAAUAGUAGUGUAGAUUCUCUUCGCUUAAUUAAUCGAUGUGGCAAAUCUUUUGCCUCUCUUUUUUUUUUAAAUACGAUCCUCACUGCGACAGAGCGGAGCGCUCACGUCACCCUGAACUUUGACAUGCUGAAGCGCGCGUCCGCGUCCGCGCCGUCAAGGAGGAAGGCACCCUGGAGCAGAGGGCCUCACGCCGCUGCCACGAAACCGCGCUGACGCCAACCAGCAGAGGGCCUCGCCAGAUUCGCCGCCCGCCGAGGACCCGCACGCGAGGUCGUGGCCCACAGCGCAAACCAACCGCGCGAGCAGCACGCUCGCCGUCGCCCGCAUUGCCUUGGGACUCGGCGCGCCCGUCUAACCGCCAACCAACCGCGACCUAUUUCUUCACCCCUCCCGGCCUCUCCUCCCGCAGCCCCCGCGACCUAUUUCUUCACCCCUAGGCCCCCGCGUCGCCGGCGCAGCCGCCCCAUCCAUCCGUCGUCCACCCGUCAUCGCCGCCCUUGGCACGUGCAGUGUGGAUGCGCUGGUUGAUGAAUGCAGUGUGCCAUCACUCUGCGCACGCCAUCAUAAUGGCGGACCACCACCAGCUGCCCCCGCCGUUCGCGUGCAGCAACUGCGUCACCGAGCGCGCCAUCGUCUUCUGCUUCGCCGACGGCGCCAGGCUCUGCCUCCACUGCGACGCCGCCCUGCACGGCGCCAGCCCGCUCGCGAGCCUCCACCGGCGCGCCCCGCUCUGCGACGCCUGCGAUGCCGCGCCUGCCGCGCUCCGCUGCCAAGUCGGCGCCCACCUGGCCGCGCUCUGCGCCGACUGCGCCGACCACCUCGCCCCGCCGGACGGCGGCGCCUCCCUCGUGGAAGAGUACACCGGCUGCCCCACGCCCGCCGAGAUCCUCCGCGUCCUCUCCGUCGAGGCGCCGUCGUCGCAGGAUGACUUCGACGCCUGGCUCGCCGACGUCCUCCCACAAUUCCUACAGGAGAUUCAGUGGCUGAAUUCAGUGGGUAGUGCUGCUCCGGCUAUGUAUCGAUCAAGGGGAAUGAUAUAGAGAAGAGAGAAUGAUGACAAUAAAGUGAGUCAGAGAGAGUGUGAGUGAUUAAUGAAGGGAUAUGAGGAGUACAUUGUGACAAACAAGGAAGUGGGGAGUGUGCUAUCUUUGAUGUAAAAAAGGAAGAUUUCUUUCAUGAUACAUGUAAUGGUGGAUCGAUGAUCUAAGGAUCAUAUGAAUGAUUAAUGAAGGAUAGCAUGCA